AUGGGCAGCCGGCCCCGCAGCCCCAGCGCCUGCCCUGCGCCCUGGUUGGGGCAGCAGCCAGGAGGACCCGGCCCUGCCAAAUGUCUCCGACUGGAGGAGCCCGCGGGUCCCGAACCCCGCGUGACGCCCAGCCUGGAAGACCCGGUGGGGAUCCCGGCCGUGGGCGCGGUCAUCUCCGUGGUGGUCCUGGCCACAGGCUGUGCCCUGCGUGUGCCCCUGGACAACGUCGACCUGGUGCUGGAGCUCCCGCCGACAUCGAUCCUGCGAGUGUCUCUCGGUGGACACACCCUCAUCCUGAUCCCCGAGGUCCUCCUAAGCUCCGUCGACGAACGCUCAGCACAGGGCGACUCGUCUGCCGGCCUGGAAGUGGACGUUUUCCUGGGCGCUCUCAGGGAGGACGUCGUCGUGGAGCAGGAAGUCUUCUGCGCAUCUGUCCCAGAGAUCGCCGCCCAGGAAGAGGCCUACGAGGAGGAGGCGGACCCCGAGUUCCCGGAGCUCUGGAUGGACUCCCCAACCGGCUCAGCCGCUGGGCUCUACCCCUUCGCUAGUAGUGUGUUCAGUCUCUACCGGGAGGGCCCCAUUCCAGGGUCCUGUGCUCUGGCCCCCAACCCCAGUUCAGAGAGACUCUCUCCACGCCCCAUCUUCGACCCAGAAUUCCACCUUCUGGAGCCUGUCCCCAGCUCACCUCUCCAAACUCUACCUCCCUCUCCGCGCGUGGGGAGUCCAGGUCCCCACGCGCGCCCACCUCUCCCGGAACGCCCUCAGUGCAAGGCCCGCAGACGACUGUUCCAGGAAUGAACUGCUUCCCACAAUCCCUUGCGACCAGCUGCGG